CACUGAUGACGUGAGGUCACUUAGAGGAAUUCAGGUUAGUGUUUUCAUUUUUUCUGCUCUCUUCCUCCUCUGCCAUCUGGAGCUGUGAAACACUUCCUUCCAUUUUCCAGGGGUCCAUCCGUUCUGAUUUUACGUCUUCAAGACGUCUUCCAGGUCUAGUUCUUAACCUAAGGCUUGUUGGUGAACCUCUGGCUGGAGUUAACUGUCCUUUAGUGGAGUUUGCAGACAUCAGCUGAAGUUCUCAGAGGGGUGUUGCCUUGCCCUUAUAAGGCAAAACCAACCGAGUGAAAAAGUAUUUGAAUUUGUGGUGGUACUGCUGCACUGCCUUUUCAUGUCUGCACAGUCUGGAGCUGGUGCUUGUCUUCACUCUUGGUUCCUCUUCUUGGAUAUGUUUGCACAGAGGAUGUUUGCUGCCAGACAAUAGGAGUGUUUGUCAGUGGGGUGGGCAGCAUGCGUAUGGACGCUCUGUCAUCUACCUCAGUCUCACUCUCACAAGUGGAGUCGGCGCAGAUCACAAGAGGAGGAAGCCAGUCCUGGAUCUGCCCUCAAGCCAAAUACGCAUUCUGCCUUUAAAACGCAAAUGCUCAUGGGAAGGCAAACACAAUAGACAGUGGUAACAACAAAGCUUUUGGAUGUCGUAACACUCUCUGGAUCUGAUUCUGCAUGCUCAGCUUCUGACAGAGACGGGAUGACAGUAUGGACCUCCGGGUUUGGCAUCACUGGAGAUCAACAAUAUGAGAUCUUUCAGCUCACUUGUUUCAACCACUCUGGCUUUUGGAAAUUAGACUGUAGAAUACUCUGCUAGGACGCUCUUUUGAAAGCAUCAUGACAACAGCGACGUGGUACCAUCGGGACAUCACCCGUGUUCGAGCCGAAGAGCUGCUGGCCCGUGCGGGGAGAGAUGGCAGCUUCUUGGUGAGGGACAGCGAAUCUGUGCCUGGAGCCUACGCCUUGUGUCUGCUGUUCCAGCGACAUGUUCAUACAUACCGAAUCCUCCCUGAUGCAGACGGGUUACUGGCUGUACAGGCCACACAGGGAGUGCAGGUGAAUUGUUUCCGUACUCUUAGUGAUUUAGUUGUGGGUUAUCAACACCCACACAAAGGUCUGGUGGCUCCUUUGCUUUACCCUGUUAUGCGUGAAUCAGAGCCCAACGAUGAGAGCUCAGAUGGUGACGAUGAGAAGCCAGGUUCAACAUUUGCCAGCCCUCCACCACGUGCAAUGUCCCCUACAGGCCAUCCUCCACCCUCCAGUUCAGGAGCCCUUCAUUUACUGCUGCAGAGGCUUCAGGAGCUCAGCCCAAAUAAUGCAGGCUGUGAGAUCAUCCUGUUACUGGAUGAGUAUCUGCAUGGUAAUGUGUGUAAGGACCUGGAGAAUGUGAAAGGAGGCGCAUCAGGACUGCAACACUUUCAGUGCAUCCUCAGCCGUGCAUGCGACAGUCUCCACAGUGAGAUUGACCAGACACUGUCCAGUUUGGAAACCUUAGCGAAAGUGUUUGGUCAUCCUAGUGGCCACCUCACCAUCUCCACAAUGCAGAAUACAGGGAAGAGCCCUGAAGAAAACAUGGAUAAUCUACUUCACAAGCUCACUACCCUCUGUAACCUGUUGUCAUCUCUGGAGAAAAGGGUUCUUAAAGCUUUACAAGAAGCUGUAACCAAUCACAACUUAUCUUUGCAAACAUCCACUCCUCCUGAGUCUGUCACAGCCCCCAAAAAACAGGCCAGACCUAAUACUGUCCACAGCUUUCAGAUCAAGGUGGUCAGGUACGGCAGGCAAACAGUGUCGGUAGACAUAGAUGCAGGAGUGCUGCUGUUUGACAAGAAGACUGGCUCAUUUGGUGUGGAGACUGUCACACACGACAGAAUCGUGCAGUUGGUGAAGAUUCAGAGAGGCCCUGCCAAGCUGAAAAUGGUCAUAGACCGUCAUCACAAUCCGCCGAGAGAACUUGUGUUUGAAAGCAUGAAGAAACGAGAAGCUUUCUGUCGGCUGCUGCAGCUUAUGAAGACUGCUCACUGCCAGCAGUCUGAGCUGGAUGUCAUCUCUGUGUUUGUGGGCACAUGGAACAUGGGGGGCACUCCACCACCCGGUUCACUUCAGUCCUGGGUUACUUGCUGUGGUCUGGGUCUCACCCCAGACGAGUCCAUCGCGACCUUGCCUCAUGAUAUCUAUGCAGUGGGCACUCAGGACAACCCGCAGGGCGAGAGAGAAUGGGCUGAACACAUCAGAGCCACGCUUCGGAGUGCAACCAACAUUGACUUCAAACAGGUGGCAGUACAGUCCCUUUGGAAUAUCAGACUGGCUGUGUUUGUGAAACCAGAGCAUGAAGGACGCAUCAGUCAAGUAAACACAGCUAGUGUAAAAACUGGCCUGGGGAACACACUCGGAAAUAAGGGAGCAGUAGGAGUUUCUCUUCUCUUUAAUGGCACCUCAAUGGGCUUUGUGAACUGUCAUCUGACUUCUGGUAGUGAUAAAGUACUCAGGAGGAACCACAACUUCCAAGACAUCCUCAGACUCUUGUCUCUUGGAGAAAAGCAGCUCGGCACUUUUGACAUUAGCCUUCGCUUUAAUCAUCUCUUUUGGUGUGGAGACCUCAACUACCGCCUGGACCUGGAUGCACUGGACAUAUUGAAGCAUAUUUCAAAGCGAGAAUUUGACGAGCUGAUGUGUGCAGACCAAUUGACUAGAGAGCGGCACAGAAGAAAGGCCUUUUUUAACUUUAAGGAGGAGAAGAUUCUGUUUCCACCCACCUAUCGGUAUGAACGUGGUUCUAGAGACUGUUAUCUAUGGCAGAAAUACAAGUCCAGUGGGGUGCAAGUCAACGGGCCCUCAUGGUGUGAUAGAGUUCUGUGGAAGUCCUACCCUGAGUCUCACAUAAUCUGUACCUCGUAUGGAUGCACAGAUGACAUCUUCACCAGUGAUCACUCUCCUGUUUUUGCAACUUUUGAAGUGGGUGUGAUAUCACAGUCUCCCAGAACAGAAUUGGGUUCAGAGAGAGCCAGCAUUGAGCUGGAGGCGAUUGAGGUCAUAGUGAAAACUGCUAGCAAGGCCAAGUUUUUCAUUGAGUUCCACUCACGCUGUCUAGAAGAGCCUCGUCGUUCUGCUGAGAAUGACUCGCAGUGCUGUGAGGUACCAGGCUUUCUCAAACUUGGCUGGUCUUCAAAACAGUUCCCCAAGCUCCACCCAGUGUUCUCCGAUUUAGAGCAUCUCCGGGAUCAGCACUUGCUGUUGUCUGUGAAGUCAUGUGAUGGCUUUGAGUCAUACGGUGAGUGCUGUGUGGCUCUUCACUCAGUAACAGGGAAAUCAUCGGAUCUAUUUGAGACAUGCUUGACUCACAGAGGAGAAGAGAUGGGUUCUAUUCGAGGACGAAUCAGGGCUUAUGUACCACCAGACCGCCGAAGGAUCCGGGAAAGGGUCUAUGAGUGGCUCUGCAUGGAGAAGGAUGAGAAGGAAAUGAUGAAGGAUCAUUUGUCUCGCCAGUCUUCCUGUGCAUUCUCAAACCAAGCACCAUCAUCCUCAUAUGUGGCAGCGCCUAACAGCUACACCAAUCCUGCGUACUUCAUCUUUGAGGGGGUGCCUGUGUUGCGAAGAGUCGAAGAGAUUCCCUCAUCCGGCAAAGAAUCCCAAGUGGUAUAUGCCAAAGAUGCCGUGAUACAGCUCCCUAGAGUGACUGGAGGUCACAGCCAUGGCAAAAGGUCUGCUCGGAGGUCCGACUUCACAGAGAUUGAGAUUCCUGGAUCUUUAGCACCCUAUAAAUCAUCUUGUGAGACUCAAAGUGAACUGACGUCAACUGCCUCCUCUUAUCAGCUUUUCCCAGGUCCAGACGUUCCUAAUACAUCCCCAAACCAAAGACACACCACCUCCUCGAAUACAUCUUUACUGUUACAGUCCCAUAAGAACAAUACAACACAGGAUUCAGUAUUAUCAGUCAAAAAAGUCACAAACUCCUACAUGAAUAGUUCAGUUUUUUCCCGGGACAUACAGGCGCCACUCAAAGAAAAAGUCAGAAAGGACUAUCAAAGGCUACACCAAGAUCGGCCCCCGUCAAUGAGAAAUGGACCAAAGCUGUACCCAUAUAUAUCCACAAGGGCUCCCGUUGAUGAAGUCUCAGUACCCUGGAUAGUAGAGCAGCCAACAACAGCUUCAGGAGACAACUCUCUUACAGCCCUCCAAAUUGCUAAAUCACUAAGUGAGGUGGAUUUUCAGCCAGUAGACAGAAAGUACCAGUUUAAUCAAAUGUCGUCUCAGCAAAGGCAUCAUGGAUAUAAUUAUGGUUUAGCUAGUGAGAGAAACUACAGCUGGGAGAAAGAGGUGUCAGUCUUACAUGGAGCUCCAGAAACAGUGCGGGAGCUGCUCAGCACUCUGGGUUUGCAGCGCUACACGCUGGACCUCAGCCGUAAUGGCUGGGAUGAUCUUGAUUACUUCAGUGGUAUUACAGAGGAGGAGCUGUGUGCAGCGGGUGUGUCUAACCCAUCUCAUCGACGAAGAAUCUUGGAGAACCUUCCCAGGAUCUGGGACUGAACUGAAAAGACUAUCAGGUGUCAUGUCAGGAGACCAUAAAUGACAAGUUCAGUAUUUGUAUUAUUAAUCUUUUUUUUUUUUUACUCUUCUUUGUAAUUUUUCAAGUUUAAAUUCCAUUCAUAAUAAAGUUCAUCACACAAUGUGUUCAUUCUCUUCCUGUGGUCCUAAACAUACAGUGUGGAAUAAACUACAGUCCAACACUUGCUUCUAACAAUCCAAACAAAUCAUAUCUAUCACUAAAACACAGACUCUUUAAAAUUGUUUACUUUAGCAUUGAGUGUCUUGAUACUCAUACUUAGUUACUGUGUAUAUAAUAGCAUGACAAGUCAACCUUGUCUUAUCUGAGCAUUAGCUGUGAAAUGUUCUGGUUCAGUACCCUGUCACAGCUUGCCUAUAUCUCUGUUUUUAGCCUAGUUACUGUAUUUAUUCCAAGGAGACCCCUUGCUAUAAAUUACCCUUUUAAAAGUGCAUAAAGCAAUUGUUUGCUAACAGAGUCAGCUGGUACUUUUAAGAGGAAUACAUAUUUUACUAUUUACCCCAGGGAUUUAAUUGCGGUGAUGCUGUUCUCCCCUUUACUUAAGAGAUAAGCUCAUGGAUUUUUAAUGCUUAAUUGAACAAACACAAUGUUUUCCAGUGUGGUCUUACAUCGCUGGGCCAAAUGUAAAUAUAACCUGCAAAAAAAGGUAACAGAAUAAGCACUGUUCACAUUUUUCCUGAACAUUAUAUGUGUAAAAUGAUGUUCCACAGGGAUUUAAUACACGUUGUAAAAUGUCAGUCUAUUUGUUUGUAUUCAUAUAAAGCUAUAAAACCAACUAGCUAUGCUUAAUUUAAGAUGUUACUUUGACGUUAACUGAAUUAUCCCACCUCCACAGUCCUAAAGCCUUUAUUCUUGCAAUUGUAUAUCUGUAAUUUGAUAAAUUAUGUAAUCACUUUAGAUUAUGGUGAUGGUUUUAUGAAGUCGCAGGAAAAAAAAUUGACUAAAGGGUGAUUUUUU